UGCGUUGACCGAUCGCUAUCUCCCAUGUCUGUCUCCGCGUCAAAGUUCUGAUUUUUGAAACGAGCGUGGUUUGAAAAAAGUAAAAUCUAUCAUAAGACAUCGCCUCCCUCGCUGCACACGUAUUACCAUAACCGGCCAUUUCGAAUUUUUGGCAGUGAGCUUUGGAUUUGAAGUGAUUUUAUUUUCUCUUAUUGUGAGCAAAUAUGCGUGCUGAAAUUAUUAUAAUCCCAAAUGUCGUUAAGUGUUGGCAUUAGGAUGUUUCUUCACAUUUCUUUAGCUCGAUGGUUCUAAUUGUUAGCGAUUUAAAACGAAGGUCCCACUAGAAUCUGAUUUACAUCCAUUAUUGAAUGUGAUACAGCGUGAAUAUUUAGUGUCUAAUUAAGUGCAAACGAACCUUUAACUACUUAGUAAGAAAAUCAUUUUUGAAGGAUAAAAUUGUACAGCCAUUAUAGCCUAAUUUACAUGGAAGUCUCCAGAUUCACUUGUUCAAAAAUAGAAAAACCAAAAUCGCUCUGUACCUAUCGCUGCGUUACUAGUUGCCUUUGGAUGGGUACCUAUAACAUUGUAUGGAUAGAGAAUUUGUAUACACAGAAUCUCUUACACAUGUCACAAAAGUUCAGUUUGAACUGAAGUUAGCAAGCUUAAAGCUAGCUUGCUAUGCGGGAAAAUAUAUUCAGGCGAAAAGUAAGACAUUAAAAGAUUCUACUCAACUUUUCUGAUUGCGCGCGAACUCAGGGUGUGCAGUGAUUCAUUUCUCGGCGCAUGUACAUCUUCUGGUGUUUUCUUCCCUCUUGCAUUCGUGGUAAUUUUUUACUAAGUGUUCAAAUUUAAAUUCGUGUGUGAACAUUCAACAAUGCAGUGGGAUAACCGGAUAAACUUUCGAUCAGGGACUGCAGGCAAGCCGAAAAAGAGGGAGUGUGGAAUCGGAAGGCAUGAAUGAGAGACGGUAGCGAUCCGGUCGGCAGAGGGAGUGGCGGAAUCGACAGAGGCGGAGGGAUGGAGGGUUGCUACAUACCCAAUAACCCGGCACACUACGGGCUUGACGGAGGUUGGAGCAUCGGAGUGACCGACGAGCUUUCCCUUCCCACUCUCGAUCUCGACCCUUUACCCAGUUUGUUUCCAUUUAGCCCCUGCUCAGGAACCACCGCUCCGACGGCAUCUUAUAAGAGUGAAUUCAGCACAUUGAUCGGUAAAAACGGAGAUGAAGUUGGAGUAAGGGAACCACAUGAUAUGGCUGACGUUUUACUAUCACUAAAACAUGCUAUCGUUCACCCUGGACACACAUGCUCCUCUUCUCCUUUCACUCACUCAUACAGCUCCUCGCCAUACUCACUACAUCCACAACAGAUGAUGCCUGUCUCGCCGGGAGCUGGUUCAUACUCUGAUGGAGGAGGCUGCAAUAAUGGAGUGCCCGGCUUUAAUUUAGACCCCGCUGAUCUCUGUAUGACAAGCAAUGCAGGUGGAAACUGGUCAGCUAACACUAAUACAAAUCAAUCACCUAUAUUCCCGAGCAUGAGUGUCAACGUAUCUAUGAACAUGACUAUGCACGGUUACCCUUCGGUCAUGAGUGAGCACCAAAUAACAUAUCCGCAGGUAUGUGUAUUAAGGUAAUUUAUACAAAAACAUUUUCAUCUCAAGGACGAGCUCCUUGAGAAAAUGUACAAAUAUUAUAACUCGGUAUCUUUUUGAUAAAAUUUGGACUAUAGUAAAUAUUUAGGAACAAGUCACAUUUUCGGGAGGGGAGGGAAGGGGUAGAAUUCGAAGUAGUGUUACGCAUCCAGUUUGAGUAGCCGCACAUUUUCUCUUGUUAAGAUUCCAAGUUGAGAGAAAAAUGUUAUGAAUGUGAAAAUGAGCCCCUAGUAAAAGAGAGUCAUAAUGACCACCUCACUCAGGGUCGGAUUUACCAAUAGGCUACAUAGGCCAUAGCCUAGGGCGCAGCAUUCUGAGGGGCGCAACAUUUUUGAGAAUUUAUUCAAAAACGUGACUUAUUAAAAAAUGUCAUUUGUGUUGUCAUCAAAGGUCCUGACACCUAACAUCCUCCCUCUGAUCUUAAGGGGAGGGGCAUCUGGGACCCCCCCCCUCCCCACAAGAGCGCUUACUUUCAGGGGCACCACCCUAAGUUUAGCCUAGGGCGCAAAAAAUGUAAAUCCGGCUCUGACCUCACUGAGACAUCACGCCGCUUUACGUAAUACAUUCUGGGAUGAUACCACGAUAAUAUAUCUCCAACGUGAUUUUGACGUCACUCUGAUACAUCACCGUGAAGUCAGUGCUUAGUGGAUUGAAAACAUAGUCCGAGGUUCAUAACCAGAUCCGGCACUCUGGUUGAGGCUACCAAAAAUUAGAGUAAUUUCAGAACCAGAAUUCUUAGUGGCGUCAACUGGAAAUUUCUGAGGGAGACACAGAGUUUCUGAUAAGCCAAACGUCUUCUUUAGCACAACCGGAAAUUUCGGUUACUCCAACCAAUAUAUGUGGCAUGUGGCUGUUGUGGCAACCUCAAUCAGAGUUCGGUUUGUCUCGGCAGAGGUCGGGUUAGGCUUACUAGAACUUUUAUGUUGGUUCAAUGGAUUCUCAGAGUGUACUAGGUAUAUAGGGGUAAUCAAGUCACUAACUUGUCUCAUAUUAUUCGGUCCAAGAAUAUAAAGCUGUCAUGUGCUGCACCGGCUCACUCUACUGUCAUUAAGCAAAAAAACGUCCGGAGUGUCCGUGGGGCUGUCGGUAAGUAGGGAAGACGGAUUUUUGUGUAUAAAGUCCGCGCAUUUAUACCGCGGCAUGAAUUUAUUUCGGAAGAAAUUUCACAAAUUUAGUAUUUUAUCAUUAAGUUACGGGUGCAUAUUUAGUUUCAGUUCAACAUAUUCACUUUUACUCGAGUUUCCGCGGACCUUACCCCUUCCCACCCAAAAAAGUGGACAUGUAGAGUCCACGCCAAAUAAGUUUACCCACCUCUAGACCGCGACAGAAGAUCGUCUGACGUCACUACUUUUGCUUGUAAAGUAAAUGAAGGAAUCAAGGUGAUGGAUCUUCUGUCGCAGUCUACAAGUGUGUAAACUUAUCUAGGGUGGAUUAUACCGAAGUAGGAUGAAUUCUACCGAAGUAGGAUGGAAAUGGAGGUUUGAGCACAGAUACUGCCAUAUGGUGCAAUAAAUAAUUUAAUUUUCGGUGCAACUUAUAGCAACAUCGCAUUGUAUGCUGAUGUCUAGCAACCUAACUUUAGUAUGGUGGUGGUGUCAAGUGACCUAACCUACCUGGAGGCCAUAUACAAAAAGAUCCAGAAUCGGACCGUGUACUCCCGAGUGGACCCUUAGACAAAAGCAGAGCACCGAGUCUACCGAUUCCAGAAUUCGGGACUUGAAAUAUUUUCCAAGGUGCGCCUGGUGCGCGCGGCGCGGGCUCCGGAAUUUUGGACUUGGAAUAUUUUCCGUGGUACCUGGGUGAGUUCAAAUAAGCGUCUAAUCU